AUGACCAAACAUGGUGGCAGCGGAGGUGGAGAGUUUGGCACUCCCACGAAGUUAGGCGUGCAGUACUCUAGUGAGGAGGAACGCAGCAUUUACCAAAGAGUGGCUUCGCUCAAUGGUUACACAUUUGAGGUACCGCCUGUGAAUCGUUUCCACAGUAAAGCAGCGGAGUCAAAAUUUGUGCAACUCACCGGUUCUCUUCAUCCACGGUUUGAGGCGGAACGGUUCGACAACCUCCGGGAGCGGCUGCAGGUGGCGGAUAAGAAAGGAAAGGACAGUAGCUUGCAAGCCAUCGCUGUACUUUAUGCGGAGUUCCUUGGGAACAGCUUCAUGAAGGCGAAUAAUUUGGAUUAUGCGGAGUUGGAGCGCUGUUUCUAUCCUUCGUACCUUCCCUCAUACACUUCGGCACUGCGGGCGGUAGGAUUGAGAAAGCCGCUAUUUUGGAAGCAAGGGAUGUUUGUACGCUUAGAGGAUAUUUCGCGACUUCCACUCUCUAAUUGCAACGCUAAUAAGGAGACAGCACUCACAUUUGAGGAGUGGUAUUGCCUUUUCUGGAACUACUACUCCCCCUUCAGCACAUUGGCUUACCUUAUGAUGGUGACAGCACAAUCGACGCUGCUUAACAGAGAACUAAUCGACAGCACGGCAGAGUACAUCGCGUACCGCCAUGGGUUAAUUGAAGAUCCGAAAGCAAGGAAAGCCCCCAUUCUUUUUUUGGGUUCUCGCACGGGGAAAUUUGGUGCCAUGCUGAACAAAACUGGGAAAAUCCCCGUCCCAAUUAUUCAUGUCCAUGAGAAACCAAACAUGAACCCAUACCUUCUUGUUAUUCCACAGCACAAGCAAGAGGAGUUCAAACCACACCCUAUCAUCAAAAUGAAAGACCAGGUGGCUUUGGAGAAGUAUGAACCCUCAAUUGUAUUGUUCUCGGAUAUGAUUAUGAAUAUGGACAUCACCGCGAUUAUUCGUCGCACGGGCUCAGUCCGAGAGUGUAUUUACUUUGGAACCCCUGACAGUUACAUUGAGGGGAAUCCAUGGGACACGUGGGGAUGCUUCAAGUAUCGUCCUAGAGAUGCCGACAUUGUUCCGCCGUACAUACGGGAUAAUUGGGCGAAAAUGUAUCUACCGCAUCUUUCGCGCUGGAUGAUUUACAAAACGGACAGCGAAAUGCAGAUGGGCAACGGAGCCGUUGUCACUUGGAUGCGACGACCGCUCCAGCCUUCCUUCAAGCAACGGUUGUUGUGGCGCCUAGCGCGGUUCAAACCCUUCUAUUAA